UCAUGAUCUAAUUCCAUAAAAAUUAGAUAGAAAAUCCAAAUCAUGUUCUAUAAGGCACAUAUUUAGCCUAUGUACGAUGAAAAGUUCAACUGAUCCUCUCAGAACAGCUACCGAUCCGGAAAAGCGCGAAUUCAGGUUAUAAAUCAU